AUGUCCAACUGGGCCGCGCUCCAGCGGGAGCUACUGGGCUCGGGAAAGAGCAAAGAUGAAGCUGGGAAGAGCAAGGACAAGGGCAAGGGCAAGAAUAAGAGCAAGGGCAAGGGCAAGGGCAAGGGCAAGGGCAAGGGCAAGGGCAAGGAGACGCUGACUGGCAGCAGUGGGCAGGAUGGGCGAGGCGCUGAGAGCGGCAAGCGGGCACGGAAGCGCAAGAGGGACAGCAAUGGUGAUGGCAUCGGCGAUGCGAGGGAUAAGCGAUGUGGAAGCGAUGGCAAGAGCAACAGCAAGAAGACGAAGAAGCAAAAGCGGGGUGGGGCAACGAGCAGGUCGGAGGCGACGCUGCAUCUUCAUCUGGCAAUGGCGCUGGGGCUGCCGUAUCCGAUCGAGGCACUGCCGUCGCCACGACCGCUCUUCUGCACACCGAGCUCGCAUCCUAAGCUUGUGGAGAAGCUGAUGGCGACAAGCUAUGCCGGAGCGGUGAUCGAGGACGGGGCAAGCUCGCUGGCGGCGAGCGACCACGCCAAGUUCCACGCGGCGAUGAAGGUGCUCAAAGCCCGCGGGUGGUUCAAGUUCGACUUUGUGCAGCCGGGCAAAAUCGAAGAGCUGGGGCCGACGUAUGUGCGGCGAGUGGUGGUGGGCGAGCCGGGAAUGACAUACAAGUACCUCAACGCACGGGUGUUUGCAGUGCCGUGGGCUGGGCCGGCGCUCGAGGCUGCCGAUGCCGCGGUUGCAGGCGCACUGGGCGCCAUCCGCGAGCUCAACGAGGUCAUGAUUGCCAAGGGCAAUGCGCAUCUGGAAGCAGCAGGUACACCCGGCUCGACGUUGUUCAAUCUCACCCUCAUCAACGACAUGGACGUGCUGACAGGCGAGGGCGAGGGCAAGCCACCACCGUUUGAGGGCCUUGGGCGCGCCGUCGUCUCGUGGCACCAGGACACAUCGCUGGAGGACUGGUCGACGAUCGGGGUGUACCAGCUGACGGCCGAGAACGAGACUGCGCCGUGGCACGUCGGCUUAAGGGUCAUCUACGACGAGGUGACGCCCAAGCUGGCGCUCCCGCUCGACCACGGCGCGAUGUACUUUCUCCUCGGCGACUUUAACCACCACCACCAGCACGUCGUGGUCUGCGGCUCGUCGCACCGGUACUCGUCGACACAUCGAGUGACCACGACCGAGCACAACCACUUCGACCGAGUCUUUCCACGGCUGACCCGGGCGGUUCGCAAGGCCAAGAAGCUGACCAAGUCGCCGGCGGCGCUGCGGGCGCUGCUUCCGCGACCGGGCUCGACUUGGGACCUGCUCUGCGAGUCGUUUCUGGUCUUGGAGUUUGAGUGGAUCCGCCAGUACUGGUGGCACGGCGCAACGCACCACAAGCUCCAGCGCGGGCUGGCCUACUGGCCGGAGCGGGUGGCCCAGCUGGAAAAGGCAUGGGCUCAGCUGCUUGCGCUUUUCCGCGACGUGGCGACGCUCACCGCCUCGCGGCCGCAGUCCAAACUGGCCGCUGCCUUUGCCAGCUUGCAGGCAGACGUAGCGCGCGAGCGCGAGGCCUGGCGUGCACGGUUUGCUGCUGUCGACGCAAAGGUGACUGCCGGCGAAUGGACGGGCGUCGACCUUCCCAUCGACUGGCGCCGGUGUCCAGUUGCGCACGGCGCAAGCUCGCUGGUUGGCGCGACCGACUAGUCACGGUGGCGGUGGCGGUGGCGGUGGCGGUGGCCAUGACCAUGGCGGUGGCGGUGGCGGUGACCAUGGCGGUGACGUCGCCGGCGAUGAUCGUGGGACGAAGACGUAGAGCGGUGGCGGG